AGAAGCUGUAGGCCAGCCACAUAGUUCUGCUUGUGUUAUAGUGAGGAGGAGCUGCUUAGAAGAUGAAGCUCUUGUCCCUAUUAAUAGAGAUAUUGAUAAUUCUUGGGGUCACAAUUAAAAAUAUUGAAGCAGAAAGACAUAAUAAAAAGCAAAAACAAAGAAAUGUCACCACACAGAUAUCAGUGAACAAAAUCAAACAAUUUUUAUCAUAUAUACUGGAACGAAGAAAAUUGGUCAAAGUAAUGAAUAAAAGAGAAAAUCUCUUGGAAAAAAAGAAGAAUCAACAUAAAUUAAGAAUAAAAGAAAUUCGAAAUAAAGAUAUCUCAAAAAGAAAUAAAAAUUAUUUAAAAAGGCGAGCAAAGAAAAAUUUCACAGCUGAAGGCGACCAGCUAUUUAAGAUGGGCAUCAAGAUUCUCCAGCAGUCUAAAGGGCAAAGACAAAAAGCACAAGCCUACAUAUUCUUUGCCAAAGCAGCUGACCUGGGAAACUUGAAAGCUAUGGAGAAAAUGGCUGAUGCUUUGCUAUUUGGAAAUUUUGGCAUGCAAAACAUAACAGCAGCUAUCCAAUUAUAUGAGCUGUUGGCCAAAGAAGGAUCAUAUAAAGCCCAAAAUGCAUUGGGGUUUUUGUCUUCUUAUGGAAUAGGAAUGGAAUAUAAUCAAGCCAAGGCACUGAUAUAUUACACUUUUGGAAGUGCUGGAGGAAGCAUGAUGUCCCAGAUGAUAUUGGGAUACAGAUAUUUGUCAGGAAUCAAUGUUCUACAGAAUUGUGAAGUUGCCCUAUAUCAUUACAAGAAAGUGGCAGAUUAUAUUGCUGACAAAUUGGAAAAAAGUGAAGGUAUUCCAGUGGAAAAAGUGAGACUAACUGAGAGACCUGAAAAUCUGAGUUCUAACAGUGAGAUUCUGGAUUGGGACAUAUACCAAUACUAUAAAUUUUUGGCCGAAAGAGGAGAUGUGCAGAUACAAGUUUCUCUUGGACAAUUACAUCUAAUUGGGAGGAAAGGUCUAGAUCAGGAUUACUACAAAGCAUUAUACUACUUCUUAAAGGCAGCAAAGGCCGGGAGUGCAAAUGCCAUGGCAUUCAUAGGAAAGAUGUAUUUAGAAGGGAAUGAUGCAGCACCACAAAAUAAUGCUACUGCUUUCAAAUACUUUUCCAUGGCAGCCAAUAAGGGUAAUGCAAUUGGUCUUCAUGGGCUUGGUCUUCUUUAUUUUUAUGGAAAAGGCGUUCCUGUGAAUUAUGGUGAAGCACUUAAAUACUUUCAGAAAGCUGCAGAGAAAGGAUGGCCCAACGCACAGUUUCAAUUAGGCUUCAUGUACUACUCUGGCUCUGGAGUAUGGAAGGAUUAUAAACUUGCCUUCAAAUAUUUUUACUUGGCAUCUCAGAGUGGGCAGCCCCUCGCCAUCUACUACCUGGCUGAGAUGUACGCGACAGGAGCAGGAGUGUUAAGGUCAUGCAGAACUGCUGUGGAGAAAAGGCUAAAAUUAUUGAAAAAGAGAAGAUGUAUCCAAUGGCACUUCUCCUGUGGAAUCGAGCUGCCAUUCAAGGACAUUCACUUGGCCAGGAGGUUAUAUGACAUGGCUGCUCAAACAAGUCCCGACGCUCAUAUGCCGGUCUUCUUUGCUCUCGUGAAACUGGAGACUAUGCAUUUGCUCCGAGAUAUCCUGUUUUUUAAUUUUACAAUGAGAUGGAAAUGGAUAAAAUUGGAUGAUACCCUUGGACAAUACUGGGAUUUAUUUGCGAUUGUCCUCAUUGUUGCUAUGCUGAUCUACUUGCUUAGAAAUCGCUACGGGUAGGAUCUGGAUUCUAGGAAAACCUGCUCAUGGGAGCCAGUUCGCCCCAAGGUGUCCUCACUAAAUAAAGAAUUUUCUUGUCAAACUCAAG